AUGGUGGUCCACCAGAAGACCCACCGCGAGCGACCACACCCUUUCCAGUGUCUCCAGUGCAACAAGACCUUCAUCUGGAAACAGCACCUGGACAAUCACACCCACACCCACAUGGGGGAAAAGCCCUACCAGUGUCCCGAGUGUGAGAAGCGCUUCGCAGAGAAGUCCAGGCUGACCAACCACUACUGGAUCCACACCGGGGAGCGGCCGUACUGCUGCGGGCAAUGCGACAAGUGCAUUGUGUGCAUCCACCACCUGGUCAAGCACCAAAGCAGUGUCCACCAAGCCGGAGCUAAGCUGUACUCCUGUUGUGAGUAUGGACAGAGGUUCGGCCACGCCCAGGCCUUCCUCAGCCACCAGGCCAGCCACGCCAACGGCAAGAGGCACCAGCGCUGCACCGAGUGCCUCAAGACCUUCACCCGCAGGAAGUACCUGCUGGAACACCAGCGUGUGCACAUGGGAGAGAACUCAUACGCCUGCCCACACUGUGGCAAGCACUUCCAAUACAAGCAGUCACUAAAGCAGCAUCUGCACAUGCACUGGAAGCAACUGCCACCAACACCACCUGGGCCUGCCAUGCCACCAAGCUUGCCAGUCACCAACCCCCUGGAGAAAGACCCUCUCUUUGAGGCCAACCUACCCAGUAGGACCUGA